AUGGAUUAAAAAAAAAAUGGAAUCCGGAACUUCCCUCCAGUUCGAUUCGCCGUCAUACUUUUCGCCGCCGUUGAGCUAUCCACGGCCGGCGGUAUGGCGAAUGAUGGAGGGAGAGAGAGAGAGAAAAGCAGCGAAAUGCGUACUGCUUCGGCAUCCGCUACAACCGAAGUCUGCCUGCCCCAGCCACGUGGCGCUCCGAGAUUGGCGCCGCACUUGGAGAAGUGCCGGGUCGAAAGCCCCAUGGGCGCGCUCGCCCUCACGCCGUAUACUUCUCUUUCUCCUGUCGAGGAGACAAGAGUGAGAGAGAGGGCAAAAAAUGCUAUUCCCCAUUGUCCUUCUUUCCAUUCCGAGAGCCCUCCGCGAUCGGGGAAUGAAGGAGAGCAAGAGAUCUCGCCGCGGACGACAAAUCCCUAUUUGACUCAGUUUUCUAAGUUGCAGUCAUCAAUGCAGCAUUGAGGCGCUGAAAAUGAACAAAGGAAGUUCUUUGCAUGAUAAGAUGCUAGAUAGGAACUGGGUACUUAAGCGCAAGAGGAAACAGAUAUCAACUGCAUUGGAUGCAACCACUGGGAAGGAAGGAGAUUCGGUGCUUUCAGAGUCCACAAAGAAGAGCUCUUCUCUUAGAAAAAAGUUAAAGGGUGAAGCUGAUGCUUCUCGAUGUUCUCAAAAAGUCAAAGGGCAUGAUGGGUAUUAUUUUGAGUGUGAACACUGUGAUCUUGGUGGCAACCUGCUAUGCUGUGAUAACUGUCCUCGAACAUACCAUCUGGAUUGUCUUAACCCACCCUUGAAGCGUGCACCAGCAGGGAAUUGGCUAUGCCCAAAAUGUUGCAAUCAGGAAGUUGAUAAACCAUCAAGCUGUGUAGAAAUCAGCUCAAGACGAUCUAGAACUAAAACAACCAGAAAGGCUAUGGCUGUGCGCAUUAUCUCUAGCGGUGAUAAGACAUCACAUUCGGGGAGGAAUUUCCUAGGAAGCAGCAAAUCCACUGGCAAAGAGAAAACUGCUUUCUUAUGCACAGCUCAAUUGGAUGAGAAGUCCAAUUCCGUGCACGCUGAUGUUUCCACCAACGAUAAAUCAAGCCUUUCAGGCGACAAUGUUUUGAUUGAUGUGGUAUCAACAACUGCAGUUUAUAAGAAGAAGAAGAAAGCAGUCUCACCUUCAAACAGGAAAAUAAGUGCACAAAAGAUGGCACACUCUCUUGUAAAAUCUUUGAACCUGGAUUCAAGCGAUAAAUCAGCUAAAAAGAAUCCAGAUUCUUGUAGAAAUGAAAAUCAAGGAAAGAAGUGUGAUAUACCAAUAGUUGUAUCAUACAUUUCAAAGAAGAGUAGGAAGAAAAUCAAUAAGAUGGACAAGUUCAGUUUAAAGUAUGUUAAUAGAGAGCAAGCUUCAAAAAUUUCUAAUGACACCUUUGGAGAGGCUUCCAUGUGUCCUGAAUCUAGUGUUUCUCGUUCAAAGUGCAAAUCAAAUGAGCAUCUGAGUUCUAAGUCUAGUUUGAAGCAGGAAACACGUUUACCGAAGUCCUCAAGGCUAAAGAAACCUGAGAUCUUGCCUAAUGGAGCAUACUUCAUGUCUCAUGAAUUAAGUGGAAGAGGUGAAAAUUCUGAGAUGACAAUGACUUAUAAUGAGGAUUUUUUUCAUGGCAUACCUCAGGUUGCCCGCAUUUUGGGGUGUCGAGUUCAAACAAAGUCAUCAUGUAUUAGUCAAGCAAUUGACAUUGCCACUUCUCAAGCAGAAAUGAAAGCAAAUAUUGCUAUGCUGCAAACUGAGUUUCCUUCUUGUGAUUCAACUGGUCAGCAAAAUCAUGAUCAAGUAGAUUGUUUUGAUGAAAGUGAAGUUGGAGAUGGGAAGUUGGAGAAUGCCAUGGAUGAGGUGUUCCACGAUGAUGCAAAUUUGAUUGCUCUAAAAGAGUCUGGUAAAGAUGUUAAUGGGAAAACAUGUGGAGAUGGGGAAUUCAUGAGCAAGGCAGAGGACGAGUUGUUAUUAAUUUGUCAGCCCACACUAGAUCAUAACAUGGCUGACAAAGGGUUUGAACUUAGUGAUGAUGGAAAUUUUGGAGACUCGACUGUUAAGAGGUGUUUGGAAGAAAGUAUACAUGUGGAAUUGCUUCGUGCAGAUAACUACAAUGAAGCUCACACACCUAGGUCUUCUGAAAUGCCAGCCAAUCGUAUGUCACAAGAUGCCCUUGCUUGUACCAUGGGACCUGAAUCUUAUCGUAGUUCUGAAGAUAUUGUAGUACCAAAAGAGUCAGAGCUGGAAUUGAGGCCUAAGGACAUUGGUUGUGUUGCUUACGAAUUUUUUGUAAAAUGGGCAGGUAAAUCAAACAUACAUAACAGUUGGGUUUUGGAAGAUCAGUUAAAAGUUCUAGCAAAGAGAAAACUUGAUAAUUAUAAAGCAAAAUAUGGAAUGGCUAUCAUAAAUAUAUGUGAAGAACAAUGGCUCCAGCCACAACGUAUUAUUUCUUUGAGUGAACCUGAAAAUGGAGGAGGAAAAGCUUUGGUUAAAUGGUGUGGCCUUCCUUAUGAUGAGUGUACCUGGGAGAAAUUUGAUGAACCUGUCAUUCAAAAUGCUUCUCAUCUCUUUUCUGAACUUAAACAGUUUGAAUCUCAUACUUCAGACAAGGAUGCUAGUGCUGACUUUGUGAGAACUGACAUCGAAGUAGUUCCAUUGGUAGAGCAGCCAAAGGAGCUUAAAGGAGGUUCACUAUUUCCACAUCAGUUAGAAGCAUUAAAUUGGCUUCGCAAAUGUUGGCAAAAAUCUAAAAAUGUGAUACUUGCUGAUGAAAUGGGACUUGGAAAAACCGUAUCUGCCUGCGCAUUCAUUUCAUCCUUAUAUUUUGAGUUUAGGGUUAAGUUACCUUGCUUGGUCUUGGUUCCACUCUCCACAAUGCCAAACUGGCUCUCAGAAUUUGUGUCAUGGGCUCCUCAUUUGAAUGUUGUGGAGUAUCAUGGUUCUGCUAAAGCAAGAUCUGUUAUUCGUCAAUAUGAGUGGCAUGCCAGUGAUGCAAAUAGGCCAGAUAAGCUGAGCAAGGCGUACAAAUUUAAUGUUCUGCUAACGACUUAUGAAAUGAUUCUUGUUGACUCCUCUCAUCUUCGUGGAGUACCAUGGGAAGUUCUGAUUGUUGAUGAGGGACAUCGGCUAAAAAAUUCCAGAAGCAAACUUUUUAGUUUGCUCAACACAUUUUCUUUCCAGCAUCUAGUGCUGUUGACAGGGACUCCUUUACAAAAUAACUUGGAGGAGAUGUAUAAUUUAUUGAACUUUUUGCAACCAUGUUCAUUCCCAUCGUUUUCAUCAUUUGAAGAGAAGUUCAAUGACCUUUCCACUGCAAAGAAGGUGGAAGAGUUAAAAAAACUUGUGGCGCCACAUAUGCUUCGUAGGCUUAAAAAGGAUGCCAUGCAGGACAUCCCUCCAAAAACUGAGAGGAUGGUUCCUGUGGAGUUAACGUCCCUGCAGGCUGAAUAUUACCGGGCAAUGCUCACAAAGAAUUAUCAAAUAUUGCGUAAUAUUAGGAAAGGGGUUGCUCAGCAGUCAAUGCUAAACGUUGUGAUGCAGCUACGUAAGGUUUGCAACCAUCCAUAUCUAAUCCCUGGAACAGAACCAGAAUCUGGCACGCCAGAGUUCCUUCAGGAAAUGCGCAUAAAGGCAUCAGCAAAGCUUACUUUACUGCACUCUAUGCUCAAAAUCUUACACAAGGAAGGUCAUCGUGUUCUUAUAUUUUCACAGAUGACAAAACUUCUUGAUAUUCUUGAAGAUUACCUUACAAUAGAGUUUGGUCCAGCAACAUUUGAAAGAGUGGAUGGUUCUCUGUCAGUGGCAGAUCGUCAAGCAGCAAUAGCUCGCUUCAACCGGGACAAAGCACGUUUUGUGUUCUUAUUAUCAACACGAUCUUGUGGACUCGGGAUAAAUUUAGCCACAGCUGAUACUGUGAUUAUUUAUGAUUCUGAUUUUAAUCCCCAUGCUGAUAUACAAGCCAUGAACAGGGCACAUAGAAUCGGACAAUCAAAUAGGCUGCUUGUAUACAGACUUGUUGUAAGAGCUAGUGUUGAGGAGCGCAUAUUACAGCUUGCCAAGAAGAAAUUGAUGCUUGAUCAACUUUUUGUGAGCAAGUCUGGAUCUCAAAAGGAAGUGGAGGACAUCCUUCGAUGGGGAACAGAGGAGCUUUUCCCUGAUUCUGAUGCAGGGAAUUGUCAAGAUGUUAAAAACGACUGUAUCAACAAUGUUGAUAGUACUGUACAUGGAGAGCGUAAGCAUAGAAGAAGGGCUGGUGGUUUGGGGGAUGUAUAUAAAGAUAGAUGCACCAUUAGCGGAACAAAAAUUUCUUGGGAUGAAAAUGCAAUAUUAAAAUUACUUGAUCGUUCUAGCCUUCAGUCAGGUAUCUCAGAAAAUAUUGAUGUGGGUUUGGAGCAUGACAUGCUUGGCUCAGUUAAAUCAUUGGAUUGGAAUGUGGAGUCGAUAAAUGAAGAAACAGGUGGCAGUGAAGUGUUACCGAAUCUUUCUAGUGACGAUCGUGAGCCAUCACCUGAUGCAAAGGAGGACAAUACAAAAACUCUCCUGGAGGAGAAUCAAUGGGACAGACUUUUACGUGUCAGAUGGGAGGCAUAUCAAGUGGAGGAGGAGGAAGUUCUAGGUCGAGGAAAACGAUUGAAAAAAGCAAUAUCUUACAAGGAAACAUUUGGUUCAAUGCCAAAUGAAGCUUUAAGUGAGAGUGGCAAUGAAGAAGAGCCAAGACGAGAAUAUACACCUGCUGGCCAAGCUCUGAAAGAAAAAUUUGCGAAGCUCCGUACAAGACAAAAAGAACGGCUUGCUGAAAGGCAUAUCACUGGGGUUCUUUCUUCUGUUGAGAGACCUGAAUUAUCUAUUCAGUCGCUUCUUCCCUCUGUCAAAGGAAUGCCUAAUGGAGAUACUAAUAAUGACCAUAAAGAAGAUGCCUGCAAGCUAGAUCUUUCGGUCAAACCUGAGGAUACCGAAAGUUCUCUGCCAUUUGAUUCUAGGUUCAACAGCAACUCCAUGGUUAAAAAUUUAAGGACCAUGAGGAAUGGGCACAAGAGAGAUCAUGGCAGUUAUCUUGAUCUUUCAGUUAGUACUACUGAAAAUCUUUCUGCUGUAAUUUCACCGAGCAAACACUUUCAGAAAAUAAGUCUGGCAACUUCGGUGUCUUCUAGUAAUCUUUUACCUGUUUUAGGGCUCUGCGCCCCUAAUGCUAGUCAGAGACAUUCAACAGCUCGUUCAUUUAGAACUCCAGUUAGCAAACAAACAUCUCAUCAAGGGAAAAGGAGAUCUGCUGCCCUUGGCUUGUCAGAUUUUAUAUCAGCACCAGCAGAUGUUAGUGGUAGAGAAGCUCUUUCUGAAACAUUAACAAUGCCAGAUAAACCUAGAGAGGUGUUGAAUCCUCGGUUAAAGAAUAUCAUUCCAGACAACUACUUUCCCUUUGGUUCUGCUCCAAUGCUGAAUGUAGGAUGCCUUUCAGGUAUGGGUGAAAGUUCGGGUACUUCUUUCUCCUCGUUUCAUGAAAAGCUUGGUCUUCCCAAAUUAGAUCUUGAUGAUAGGUUUCCAGUGAAGUAUGCCUUUCCACCUUGUACUUCAUUGAAACAACAAACAGACUUCUUACCAAGCCUUUCAUUGACCUCAAAAAUGGAACUUGCUAAUAGUUGCAAUCCAGACUUAUCAAAUGUACCUCUGGUGCCCAUGAUCAGGCAGGAGUUAGAUGAGAAGCUGAAAAAAAAACUGCAGUUGCCAGAGUUUUCUCCUGUGCUGGGUCUUGGUACCUUGCAGAAUUCACACAUGUUACCUGAAAAUCACAAGAAGGUUCUUGAUAACAUAAUCAGGAGAACUCGCACAGCUGCGCACAAAUUUUGGAAGAAGAGACUAAAGGGAGAAACAUGGUCGGAAGAUGAACUCGAUGCCUUAUGGAUUGGCGUUCGUAGGCAUGGAAGAUCUAACUGGGAUGCUAUGCUCAGGGAUCCCAAAUUUAAGGUUUUAAAGCAUAAAUCAAUCGAAGAAUUGUCAUCAAGGUGGAGCGAGGAGCAACUCAAGAUACUUGAUGGACCUGCAACUUUUUCUCAAAAUUCCAAUUAUACUUACGGUCUUUCUGAUGGAAUGAUGGCACAGGCACUGCAUGAUAGAAAAUUUUCUGCUAUUGGGCAAGAACAAUCGCCAAGAUACCACUCUCACCUUACAGAUAUUAAAUUGGCUUGUGGGGAUUUAUUGCCGAAGUUCCCUUGCCUUGAACAAUCUAGUCAACUGGGUGCGGUUAAUGAGAGCGUCCAGCCUCUUCCAUUUGGGCCAGCUGACAAGCUUGGAUCCUCUUAUUUUGAAGAUUUGUCUGCAGCCAUGAGAAAUAGACUGGAGAAGACAACUUUACCUUACAAUUCACUUCCAGGUAGUCUCUUUGGAGCCCCAGAGAUGAUUUCAAGAAGUAACCAUAGUCUAUUAAUGAAUGAAGAUGUCUUGUUGGCUGCCACUAAAACCACUAAAUCGCCAAUUUCAAUGGAGAAAUCACCAAAUUUACUCCAUGUGGAACAAAGAAUUAAUUCUGGAGAAUCUAGCGCUCUGAUGCCAUUUUAUGCCAAGAAAAAGCGAGUUUUUAGUAGAUUUCCUCUUGAUGAUGAUAGUGUUCCUGGUAGUUCGAAAGCUAACAAGCUUCCUCAUUGGCUUCGAGAAGCAGUCAGUGCUCCAUCAAACCACCCUGAAUCUGAGUUGCCACCAUCUGUAUCAGCCAUAACGCACUCUGUUCGUCUUCUUUACGGCGAAGACAAAUCAACGAUUCCACCAUUUGUACCAUCAGGACCUCCACCUUUGCAGCCUAAAGAUCCUAGGAAGAAUUUGAGAAAGAGAAGGAAGUUAGAGCGGCUUCAGCAAGCAAUUCCUGAUUCUUUCUGUUCUGUUUCCGCUUCAGUCUCAAUUCCGACAGAGCCAAUUCCUCCCAAAUCAUCAUUAAUGGGCUACUGCAUGCCUUCAGUACCACCACCAACACAUUUCUCUAUUCCUCCAGUAUUUCCACCAUCCACCAUUCCAUCAUUUCCAUCAUUAUUUCCACCUUCCAUUCAUCCCAUACCAUCAUUGUUUCCAUACUCCGGUCCUUCGCCGGCACCAGUGAUGCCGACCUCCAUUCCUACUGCACCACUUCCAUUCAUGCAAUCCUCAUUUCUUCCAGUGCCACCAUUGCCUGCACCUUCCAUCCCUCCUGCACCACCAUUUUUCUCAUCCUUCGUUCAUCCUAUGCCAAUAUUGUUUCAAUCAUCUUCGUCCACAGCAUUAUCGAUUCCUUGCCCAAUUCCAGUAGUACCUCCAUUUCCACAGGACUGUAUUCCUGCAGAACCUACCCUAAUUCCCUGCUCCUUUCUUCCGACAGCACCAUUGACGUCCUCUUCAACAUCUAUGGCUACAAAUGAAACUUUCUCCACCCUUCAGUCGAUGAACUUGAACUUAAAUUCUCCUUCAUCUUCACAUGGUGGUCUUGGAACUCAAUCACCUGCAAUGCCAUUCGCAUCGUCAGCACCUGAUGCUCCUACCCUUAGCCAUGAAAAUUCUGAAAUUCCUGCAUCGAAGGAUCCCGAGCCUUCUCAACAAGCUGGAGAGGAUUUGGUAAAAGACUUCAAUUGCUUUCAUAUGAAACAGGAAGCAAACUCAAAUGUAGAUUGUGAGAAGAAGCUGGAGUGUGGGAACUCGAACACUGCUGCGUCAGAUUCAUCUAGCGCUGAUGAACUUAACAAGGUACAGGAAAACUCAUCAAAAGAAACUGUUUCAGACCCAAAAAAUGAACGAGAAUCUUGAAUUUUUCGUCUUUUUUUUUUUUUUUUACUUCUGUAAGAGCAACUUUCUCUUUCCCAAGUUUUUAAUUCUAAGGAGAUGAAAAUGUAAUAUUAUCAUGCAUGAAUACUAUUGUCAUGUAGAAUUAGAAGUGUUCAUUGUUCAAGACAUCUAAUUGUAAAGUUUAUAAAUGAGGAAUAUAGUGUUUUUUAAGUUGUA